CCGAUGUUUCCUCAUUUUUGAGGACACAAAUACGACAAGAAAGCCUAUAGCUAAGAUAUCUUAUAUAUUAUCUUACCUAUAGCGAUCGUCCUCCUUCUAUGUAGGCUUCGUGGUGGAUACCUAUAAAAUAAUUAAUUAACCAGUUUAGCACAAAAAUUCAUUCAGUUGCAGCAAAAUGGACAAUUCCGUGCUACUGCGCGUGGCAGUGAUAGAAAACAAGCCAGAUGGUGUGAAAUUAAUAAUGUCCCGAGGCUUCAACGUGAACAGUGUCUUAUCAAAAACCGGACCAGCGUCAGGCUACACCGCUUUGCACUGGGCUACGGCCAAAAACCGGCUGAACAUAGUGAAGCAGCUGAUCCAGAACUACCAAGCUGAUAUAAAUUCUCUAGCAGAUGACGGAGUCCAACCAAUCCACCUGGCCAGCUUCCUAGGAUACCUGGAUGUCCUGGAAUUCCUGCUGAAGUCCGGUGCUGAUGCAAACGCAAGUUUCGACAAAAAAGUCCUGGCAAAGUAUGUCAAGGAUUGUCAGUGGUGCGAAGACUUUAGCAAGAUGUCGUUGCUGACCUUCGCUACUCUGACUAAUAAAAGUCUUUUGGCAUCUUACUUGCUUGAUCAUGGAGCUAGUGUUUAUGUUUCAAGUGCUAGGAACAAGACACUCUUGAUGUACGCUGUUGAGAAGAACCAUUAUAACAUUGCUUGUCAAAAAGAAUUCAUGAUGUAUGAUGGAAAGCUGUUGAAUGCUAGGGAUGAUGCUGGGCUGCAUGUUUUUCAUUAUAUGCUGCACCAGAGCAAGUUCGGACAGUUGCGUUUUGAUGGAAAACAGGUCAAGGAGGCAAGUGGAAGUGUCUUCCUUGAGAUGAUGAUCAAUGCUGGGGCUGAUGUUGAUGCCAUGGUCAAUGGAGAUCCUGAUACGCUGCUGGUUAACAUGGCUGCUUGGAGGUUCUGCUAUGACUUGCUGAAGAUUCCGUUCAACCUCGAAAGGUCAAGCAAAGAAGGUAGACCCUUGAAGUACGUGACAAUGCCAGUUGAUCCACAGUCCCGAGCUGAUGGAGACUUGGAUAAAGAAAGAGAGAUUUGCACCAGGUGGAUCCUGAAAAUCUUGGUGCUGAAACGUGCUCUUGGGUUGUUUGUGCCCGAAGAAGAAACCAAGCUGAUGGAUGAGUUGGUGAACAAAGAUGAUCAUGUUCGCGGGAUUGUUCAGGGCUUUCAGCAAAAGUUUGUUGAAGGGUUCUUGAUGCAGAGGAAUGUUGGUGAGACUUCUUUCCUUGAAGUUGCCAAAAUGCUGUUCAUUCGUAGAAGAGUUGAUAAUUUGGAGAUAUUGAAGAGUUUUAUGAGCGAGCUUCAGGAUGAGCUGGAUGAAGAAGACGGACAUUUUGAUGGAAUUGAUGAUGAAGAUGAGUAUGAUACGCAGAUGUUUAUUACUCUAUUAUGGAAGAAGAUGGACGAGGUUGAAGAAAGGAGCGAGUUGAUGGACAAGCUCAAGAAGGUUGUCAAUCUCAGGAAGGCUAUACCGCUAUCGUUUGAAAUUGUUCUGCUGGUUGUUGAGUUUUUGGAUAAUCGUCAACUGGAAAAGUUUAUCAGUGCUUUUUAUAAAUAAUAUUAUUUUUUGUACAAAUAUUUGCGUGUGUUAAAAUAAAGUUUUACAUAUUUUUGAA